UUUCUUUCUGUCAGCAAAAUUUUCUGGAGCCAGUGCAAAAAUCGUGUUUUCCCUUAAUUUAAGUGAUUUUUUCGUUUCUAAAGUGCUGUCUCUAGGUUGUUGCUUUGCGUUCCGUGUCCGACGGGGUGCUCGUUCGGUUCGACGUGGCCAGUUUCGAGAGCUGCGAUGAAUUCUUUCUAGCGGGCUUUCACCCCGUCCGACUGUCCUCGAUUCGCCACCACUAGAAAGAAGCCACAUUUUCUCUUUUUCGUUUGUUAUCGAAACAUCUGCUGCUCAACAAUCGCAAAAGAAAAUGGAAGCAAUAAUCCAGGACCUCAACAUUCCGAAGCGUCACAUCCGGGAGACGCGAUGCCAGCGCCGAUUUCAGCUGCUGGCCCACAAACAGUGGCUGCGUGGGAUUUCGCAGGGUGCCAAACCCGGGACGGACUUUCUGCUGUACAACUUCCAGCAGUCGGCUCUGGAGUGGCCCAAGGGAGGACCCAGCAGUGCCUGGUCGCGGGUCUACGUUAGCGUCUACAAGAAGCACCCGAGCAAGGUGAUCCCACUACCACGCAACAAAUUCCUUACGAAUCUCACGACGGCUAGCAGCACCAGCAGCGGCACCGAUGCAGUCCCGACGGACAACGAAGAUCCGCUGCACUACUCCCAGCUGCUGCAGUACGUCGCUCAAACCAACCACAAGAAUCUCUGGAAGGCCGCCUACCGGAAGUACGCCGGAUCUCGGCCCCAAGGCCCAGCGAGCUCUGCGAUCGCCGGCGGGAACCAUCACUCGCUCACAAGCGCCCAGGUAGGAAGUUUCGACAGUGGGGGAUCGUCCGGAAGCAUCGGAGCGCCAUCAAUCACCGUAACCAACAGUACAAAGAAGCAACAGGAGAGCAACAACAUAUCAGCGGCCCUGCUACCGUACGAUUACGUCCUGCGGGAGUCCCUGUCCCGGGCUUACGGCUGUCGGAUCGUACGGGUGGACGAGGAGCUGGGCAGCGCACCGGAUUACGGCGGGUUGGGAGUGCAGGGACACGCCAACCUGUAUCCGGUGCUGGUCGCAAUCGAAACCAACAUGAAUCUGUUUGUUAUUUUCGAUCCGUUUAUCGAGAACAAUCUGCUGGAUUGUGUCACGUACAGUCCGGCGGUUCUGGAGAAAUCUCACAAUAAACCACUGUUCCUCAUCUAUCAGUUGUUGAACCUGAUGAAGUCGCUGCACGAUCGUGGGCUUAACUUGGGCAAUAUUGGCUUAGGUGAUAUUUACUUGACGGAGAAUCUUUGGUUACGGGUCAUUCCCAACUUGGAGGUAAAUCUGCUCGAGUUUGACGAUGAGAUCCAACGGCACCUGGACGAGCAAAGUUCCCGUCGGAACGUUCUCGCAAGAGACACAAAAGUCCGUUUGAUGAGAGGUUUGGAUUUGAAGUAUUCCCUAAAAGAUUACUGCGAAGCGUGGUGUCACGGACAGUUGUCCAACUUUGAUUACCUCACGAUACUGAAUAACCUCGCCGGAAGGCGAAUUGGUUGUCCUGAACAUCACCACAUCAUGCCGUGGAUAACCGAUUUCUCCACCCGAAACGGACAAAUCUGGCGAGACUUGAAAAAGUCCAAGUAUCGGCUCAACAAGGGAGACAUCCAGCUUGAUCUUACAUUCCAAGCGGCGUCCGGAACGGACGGAACCGUUCCUCACCACGUUUCGGAUGUCCUUUCCGAAAUCACCUACUACGUGUACAUGGCUCGGCGAACCCCCAAACCGGUUCUCUGCAAGUACAUCCGCCCGAUCUGGGUCCCAGCCGAAUACCCCGUGUCGAUCCAACGCCUCCAGGAGUGGACCCCAGACGAGUGCAUCCCGGAGUUCUUCACUGACCCAUCCGUGUUCAAAAGUAUCCACGAAGAUCUCCCCGACCUCGAAGUCCCCAUCUGGGCAACCUGUCCGGAAGACUUUGUCGCAAAGCACCGCGAAGCGCUGGAAAGCCAAGUAGUGUCGGAAAAGCUGCACCACUGGAUCGAUCUCACCUUCGGCUACAAGUUGACCGGAUCAUCAGCCGUUAAGUCGAAGAACGUAUGCCUCUCGCUCGUCGACAAGCACCAGAAUCUCUGCCAGCGCGGUGUCGUCCAGCUGUUCACCAACCCACAUCCGACGAAGCAGUUCUCUACCGUCUGGAACGGAAAAACUCCUCCGAGACUUCACACCAAUCAGGAAGUCCGCAGACGGAUGACCCGCAGCUCGGAAGAUCUCUCACAGCCGGGCGGCAGUGGCGGUUCCGAGACGGGAUUCUACCCAGAGUACGCAUCGUCACCGCGUGAUGCACGCUACUCCUCGCAGAACCUGCGCAGCGCAAGCAGCUUCAAGGCGGAAUCGAUGGAACGCUCAACUAGCUACCAUAUGAGCGUGCAAGCAGCGUCCAGCAAGCCCCCAGCCGUGCUUGUCCUUCCCCGGAACUACAACCCGGUGGCACAACUGAAUGCCGUUGAGAAUUUGGGGAUAUUUGUCAGCAAGACAUUCCAAUCUUCGAUGGCUUCUUCGGAGAGUGCGGUUAAGGACAAGCCACUGGAUGAAGAGUUGGAGAUAUGGGGAAGCUACGAGCGGGAAGCUAGUUUUGAGAGCAACUCCUUCACAAACAGAUUGUUUUCGGAAACGUACGAGGCUUCGCUGAUGAAAGAUCGUAAAAUGAUGCAGAACUUGAAGUCUCAGAACCACCAGCAACAGCAGGUCAGCUCGAAGCACACGUUCAAACAACUGUUGCUUGACGUGCGCACUAAAGAUCUAAAGGUUCUGGGAUGUUUGAUCGUGGAGAUCUGUCUGGCAGCAAAGCUGAGACCACUCGGAAGCUGCCUUCCGCAGGACUUUGACAGCAGGCUGGAAUCCUGUUUGAAGCUUCUCAAAAAAGACUUCAAAGCCCUUCCGCUUUGCGUUCAGUACGCAGUGAAACUGCUACUUGGAAUUGAUACUCUGGAAAUGGACGCGAUCGUAACCGAAAAGGGAUUGCCACAACCUUCACCACACCAGUUCCUGCAGCCACUACUUGCCAACCUCCUGAUUCCCUUCCCACCGGAGUAUCUCCGAGUCUACCAAGCGGUAAAGAGCAUAAGCCACUUUGACGAAUGCGCUAGCCUUCUGGAUCUCUACACCUUCUUCGACUGCGACGGAACAAACUGCGCUCGGUUCGUCAGCAUCGACAAGAUCAGGAUCGACUUCCGUCGCCGCAUCGCCGAAUGCAAGAUCAACAGCUGUGUCGCCUUGACCGACGGUUUGCUGGAACCCUACGGACAGGAGCAGUACUCGAUCGUGGAACUUUUGCUACCUCACUUCAUCGAGCUGAUCAAGGCGGACGACACGUCCAUCUUGGCCGCAUGGAAUCUGUUUGACCCGAUCGCAACGGCGCUGGGAAUGAAGGCCACCCAGAAGCACUUGCUCCAGCCGAUCUUGCUUCUGUACGAAUCGGAAGAUGCCGAGACAAAAAUCACUCAACCUCAGCACCAAUCUUCGAACAGCGAUCAGGGAUCGCUCAAGUUCACCCGCAACUCCUCCUUCAAAUCUCGCAAAUCCGUCAAGCUGUACCACCACAGCUUCCUCCUGAAGUUGAUCGUGCGCUUUGGGUUGCGAACUUUCUUGGAGCACUUCAUCGCACCCCUCGUGGAAGCCGUCGGUGGUUACAAGGAUGCGGAUCUCAACCAACCGUACCACUUCCACGAGAACCCGCCGGUAGGAGAGUUCAAAAAGUCUCGCUCCUAUCGCAGUUUCAAGCUGAAUAGCGACAGCAGUGUGGAUGGCGUGCCCGCAGGACCGGACUCCAUGUCGAUCUCCAACACGCUAGUGUCACCGGACGCGUCGGACAAAACGCUGUCAUCUCCUACUUUGGCCCAGAAUCUCCCACUUGAUGAAACCAACGAGGAAAUGUUCACCUUCGACGACGAUCAGUCAACGGCUCAGCCGAAGAAGUACACGACGGUAAUCAGCGUCGGUGGAGGUGACGAGCUGAGCGAUACCGAGGUGGACACGGUGAUGAAAAAGAUCAUCGAUGACUUGGACAUGAAGGGGGAUACGGGAAGCUUUGACCUGCCGUUGAACCACUCGCAGGCGGAGGAAGCAAUCGAGGACGCACUGGAGGAUGAUCCGAGCUACGAACAGCUCAACCUGGCGACGGUCACCACAACGGAUCCCGACGCGCGGGACGAUCCGAAAUCGCCAACCAUCCCAAUCCCGUCCUCACUACGCCGCAGCAUCGAGUUCAACUCGAUCGGGUGCGAAAUUGGCAGCAAGAAGAGCAUCGAUUCGCUGGAGUUUUUGUCUAAAACGCCACGUGAAGAGAAGCAGCCGGAAACUCCCGGGAAGAGUGGUGCCGGAAAUGUAACCACUGCGCAGAAUCUCUCGAAAGCUUUGGAGUCGGGGAAGACGCGAUCGACGCGUAUUUCAGAGAUGAGUUCGGAGAGUUUGAUCUGGUUGUCACAUCGAUUGGGUCCAGUGCUAACGGCACGCUACCUCACACGGAACCUGCUAAAGAUGCUCACGCUGUGCUACGUUGGACACGAGAAUCUCAUGCCCAAUGAAACACACUCCAGCAGUCAGCGACCGGUUGGGAGUUUGAAUUACUUCACCAUCGCCAGUGGAUGUGUUGUCGGGGACGACGCCGCUCAAAGAGUUCUGGAAUGUCUGACUUCGAUCUCGGCUUUGUUUGGCGAUCAGUUCAUCCUGCUCCAGUAUUUCCCGCAUGCAAGCGAACUUAUUGCGCUGUGCCGCAAGAAGAUCACACCAUCGCUGGAAGGUGCCCUGAUCAGCUCGCUGCAGCUGGUCAAGUGUCUCAUCCCGUUUCUCAACGAUAGCACCGUCAUGGAACAACUUCAGGAUUUUCUGCUUCGCUCGAUCAUUCAUCCGAUCGUGCGGCUGCUCGAAUCGACCAAGUUUGUCAUGCCCAGCGGGUUCCUCGCGAGGUCCGUUUUGGCAGGGAAGCUCAUCGACACUCUGUACGUGAUAUCGAUCCGGAUUGGGCGAGAAAUGACCCGUGAGCACAUCUGCGUUCCUGCUCUGCAGAGAUUCUUCCUGAUUUUUGAGAAAGCCUUCGGGAACAACGAUCAUCUGCGCGAGCUGAUCCGUCAACCGGACUCCAGCCCAACCAGCUCGGGAACGGAGGACUCCCACUACGUUGAAAUCCGUCGUGAGGGUGGAACCCGUGAACUGGCCGUCCGCGGUCAAGAGAUUCGCCAGGUUCGAGCGAAGGGUCCGGAACCGCUAGACAGCUACACUCCCCCAAGCAUGCUUGCCUUCAAUCUGCCGGAAGCUGCAGAUAACGCCCCGCAAAAUCCAAUCCGCGUUAAAGCGCUUGAGGAGAUUCGGGACGUGUUUUCAGCCAGUCUUGCCUACACCAGCUUCUUGCCCUUCCUGAACUACCUCGGCCAGCAGGAAAUGUCCCAAACGCUCAAGAACAUGGGACUCAUUUUGAACAUGUGCCACGAGUACCAACAGCCGGACUACGGACGAGACGAACGGGACGGGUUCAAGCUGGACGCAGAACUCUGCGAGGAGGAAGGACAAUUGGAGUCCUUGACCGCUGGAAACACGUUUGGAUCAAACAUCAUCGGGAACCGCAUCGAGGUGCGCUCGGACUCGAACAAAAUUGAGCAAGACCAGAAGGAACUCCUGGGAAUGGUAGCGUACCGUCUGGAUCAAGUCAACAGCUCCCGGAACCUGCGAGGCAACUGGUUGGCCUAUUGGGAGCACGAGAUCGGCCGAUCGGACAAGGACUACCGGUUCAAUUUGAAGCAAAUCAAGCUGCAAUCAUAUUGUGGUCAUACCAAUUCCAUCAAGUCUGUGCUGGCGCUGGACAACGAAAACAGCUUCAUUUCGGCGUCCAAGGACAAAACGGUCAAGCUGUGGUCGUUAAGGAGCGAGGGUGACGGAAGCAAAGUUUCGUCCUGUCAAUUCACCUACACCAACCACCGGAAGUCGGUGCACUCUCUGGCGUUCCUGGAGUCAUUGAGGCUGACCAUUUCGUGCGAUUCCGGCGUGCACCUGUGGGAUCCCUUCGUGGGCUCCCAAAUCGGCCAGCUGGACGUGCCAAAGUACACUCCGGUGUCCGUGGUCAAAACGUUCCCCUCGCCAAGCUGCCUGGUCCUGGCCGGGACCGCCGACAGCUGCGUCAAGAUGAUCGACGCCCGGACGUUCCGCUACUGCCACGAGUGGCGCGUUUCGAACGCCCCCGUAGGUUCCGUCCGGUCCAUCGCCGUCUCACCCUCGGGCAACUGGAUAGCCGUUGGACUCAGCUCCGGACACAUUACCGUGCUGGAUGGGCGCACCGGCUUCAUCGUGUCCUCGUGGCGGGCCAACGACAGCGACCUGCUGCAGCUACUGGCGCCCAGCGAAGGUCAGCUGAUUAGCACCAGCUUGGACUAUUCCGUGAGCGUCUGGAACCCAAACACCGGGAACUUGCAAUUCAACUUGAAAAACCGCCAGGAGCCGGUCCACUGCCUGGUCAACAACGGGCCCGAGCUGAUCGUGGGAACGCCCACGAAUCGGAUCGGCGUAUACGGAGCUAUCAGCAUGGACACCACCCACUCGUAUGUGAAGCUCCGCUCGGAAACGUUCCGCGGCGUGUUGACCAGCUUUGCGCUGCUGCCGCUGAACCGGAUGCUGCUGGUUGGGGGUGACAAUGGCACCAUUAGUUUGCUCUGUUGAAGCAUUUGAGAGCAACCCAUGGACAUUCCCUCCCUUUGAGAAAAAAAAGUAAAACAUUCCAAAGUAUUUUUUUUUUUGCAAACCAAGUUACACUUUUAAGCCUUGGUUACUUUUGAGCGUGCAUGUUUGUGUGAUUAUUGUUAACAGAAGAAUCUAAACAAAAGAAAGUGAAAACUGUUCUUAUAUCUUAUACAACUAGCAAGCAUAGUGAGUAUUAUUGAUAUUGUGAGAAAACAUACCAAAUUGUAUUAGAAUUAAGUGAAAUAUAGUGUAAAGGCAUAUAAA